AUGCUGUCACGACAAUAUGCCACUCAUAAAGAACUUAGAUUUUCCGUUGAGGGGCGUGCUUCUUUACUAAAGGGCAUCGACUUAUUGUCCAAAGCUGUUGCCGUCACGUUAGGACCUAAAGGACGUAACGUGAUAAUUGAACAACCUUAUGGAAGCCCGAAAAUUACGAAAGAUGGCGUUACGGUAGCUAAAAGCAUAACACUUCAAGAUAAAUUUGAAAAUCUUGGGGCCAGGCUGGUUCAGGAUGUCGCAAAUAAGACAAAUGAAAUUGCUGGAGAUGGUACGACUACAGCUACAAUUCUUACUCGCGCAAUUUUCGUCGAAGGAGUGAAAAAUGUUGCUGCUGGUUGCAACCCUAUGGAUCUCCGCCGUGGUGUCCAAUUAGCCGUUGAUGCGAUUGUUAAAUUCUUGAGAGAAAACAGUCGCGUAAUCACCACCAGUGAAGAGAUCGCUCAGGUCGCUACCAUUUCAGCUAAUGGUGAUACGCACGUUGGUAAGCUAAUCGCGAGUGCAAUGGAAAAGGUUGGAAAGGAGGGUGUUAUCACUGUAAAGGAAGGAAAGACUAUUGAAGACGAACUUGAAAUAACUGAGGGAAUGAGAUUUGAUCGUGGAUAUAUCUCUCCUUACUUUAUAACUGAUGUUAAAACUCAAAAAGCUGAGUUUGAAAAGGCCUUUGUUCUUUUGUCUGAAAAGAAGAUAUCAGCCCUUCAAGAUAUUCUUCCAGCUUUAGACGCCUCAGCCCAACAGCGCAAGCCGCUUUUGAUCAUUGCUGAAGACAUUGAUGGAGACGCUUUGGCUGCAUGCAUACUAAAUAAGCUUCGAGGAAACGUUCAGGUUGUCGCAAUCAAGGCACCAGGCUUUGGCGAUAAUCGUAAAUCUAUUUUGGGUGAUUUGGCUAUUUUGACAGGCGGAACGGUUUUCUCAGAUGAAUUAGACAUUAAGCUUGAACGUUUUACACCUGAUUUAUUUGGGUCAGUUGGUUCUGCUACUAUAACUAAAGAAGAUGCUAUUUUACUUAACGGGGAAGGUUCUAAAGAACAGAUCAACCAGAGGUGCGAGCAGAUUCGUGCCGCUAUUAAUGAUCCAUCUGUGUCAGAUUAUGAGAAAGAAAAACUCCAAGAGCGACUUGCUAAACUGUCAGGAGGCGUUGCAGUAAUCCGGGUGGGAGGUUCUUCAGAAGUUGAAGUCGGUGAAAAAAAGGAUCGUUUUGUUGAUGCUUUAAAUGCCACACGAGCAGCCGUUGAAGAAGGAAUUGUCCCAGGUGGCGGAAUCGCGCUUUUAAAAUCCAUCAAGUGCUUAGACUCCCUGAAGCCUGCUAAUUUUGAUCAAAAGUUGGGUAUAGAUAUUGUUAGAUCAGCCCUUCAAAAACCUGCACGAACAAUUAUAGAUAAUGCUGGGGAAGAAGGUGCAGUCAUUGUGGGAAGACUAUUGGGAGAUCAUGGAGAUAACUUUAACUAUGGCUAUGACGCUGCUUUAAGUGAAUAUUGUGACCUGACCGCACGUGGCAUUGUAGAUCCCUUAAAGGUCGUGAGAACGGCUCUUGUUGAUGCUUCCGGUGUAGCUAGCUUACUAACAACAACAGAAUGUAUGAUCACGGAAGCUCCUGAAGAAAAAGGCCACGGCGUGGGUGCACCUGGUAUGGGAGGUAUGGGAGGUAUGGGAGGUGAUAUGAUGUAG